GGGGCGGCUGGCGCGGCGCUGGAGCUGGAGCGCGUUCCGGAGUUGAAGUUUCCCUGCCCCUUCUGCUCACUCGCUUGGAUCUUGUUUCUGCUUUGUUGCUGCCCCGCUGGUUUAACAACUUGCAGCGGGGCUAUUCCGCUUAACCCAGCUUCACCGUGUCCACAGCAGCCCUGUGCAGGUCACCUGCUCCCAGGCAUUCCCGCUGCACGUGAGCGGAACAGCAAUGAUGGCCACUCAGGCGGACUUUGAAAAUGCUAUGAGUCAGGUGAAGCUUUUGAAAAAGGAUCCAGGAAAUGAAGUGAAGCUAAAACUCUACGCACUCUAUAAACAGGCCACCGAGGGUCCUUGUAAUGUGCCCAAGCCAGGGGUGUUCGACUUCGUCAAUAAGGCCAAGUGGGACGCAUGGAGUGGCCUGGGCAACGUGUCCAAGGAAACUGCCAGGCAGAACUAUGUGGAUUUGGUGUCCAGUUUGAGGUCCUCUGAGUCCACUAGCCAGGUAAAGCCUGGCGCAGAGAGUCAGCAAGGGACCUAUGAAACCCUGGUGGUGACCUCGGACGACGGCAUCACAAAGAUCGUGCUGAACCGGCCGGCCAAGAAGAACGCCAUCACCACCAAGAUGUAUCAUGAGAUCAUACUUGCGCUGCAGGCUGCCAGCAAGGAUGACUCAGCCUUGACUGUCUUAACAGGAAACGGUGAUUACUACUGUAGUGGAAACGAUCUGACUAACUUCACCGAUAUUCCCCCUGGUGGAGUAGAGCAGAAGGCUAAAGAUAGUGCCGUUUUACUGAGGGACUUUGUAAACUGCUUUAUAGACUUUCCUAAGCCCCUCAUCGCCGUGGUCAACGGGCCCGCCGUGGGGAUCUCUGUCACUCUUCUCGGGCUAUUUGACAUCGUGUAUGCAACUGACAAGGCAACCUUUCAUACUCCGUUCACUCACCUGGGCCAAAGUCCAGAAGGGUGCUCCUCCUACACUUUCCCAAAGAUUAUGGGCUCAGCCAAGGCUGCAGAGAUGCUUAUUUUUGGGAAGAAGAUCACAGCAGGCGAAGCGUGUGCUCAGGGCCUCGUGACGCAAGUUUUCCCUGACAGCACUUUUCAGAAGGAAGUUUGGACUAGGCUGAAGGCCUUCUCAAAGCUGCCCCCAAACGCCUUGAAAAUUUCAAAAGAGAUCAUUCGAAAGAACGAGAAAGAAAAGCUACAUGCUACGAAUGCUGAAGAAUGCCAAGUCCUGCAGAGCAGAUGGCUCUCCGAUGAGUGCAUGAACGCGGUCAUGGGUUUCCUCUCCAAAAAGGCAAAGCUGUGAUACCGCCCACCGCGAGCACUUCCGAGGGCCGGAAGUGGUACUGUUUCUGAUUUCCGAUACUUGAAUGAAAUAAAUUCACUGUGCCUUUUUUGCAGUG